GAAGGUUGCUGAGGCUGUUCCCAAGCCCAAACCGGUCAAGGAGAACAAUGUCACAGAGAAGAAAGGGAAAAGAGUGAAGCAGAAGAACCAGAAAAAGGGUUCCAAAGUGCAUCAUGCCAAACAGAAGGACUACGAUAUUUCGACUGCAGUAAGCGCUGAUGAUUCCAAACCCAAGCAUUCUCAACAGAAGCCUUCCAAAGUUGCCCAGGACACAACCAACUCGUCACUUACUCCGCUUCAACGCAAAAUGAUGGCCAAGCUGGCCGGAUCGAGGUUCAGAUGGAUCAACGAACAACUCUACACAAUCAAGUCUGAUGAGGCUUUAAAACUGAUACAAGAGCAACCAGAACUAUUUGAAGAGUACCACGAGGGUUUCCGAUCACAAGUCCAGUCGUGGCCAGAGAAUCCUGUCGAUGUCUUCGUUAAUCAAAUCAAGAUUCGGGCUACUACCAGACAUGUGAAUGCACCGGGAGGUCUUCCCGGACUGGCCAACAGCAGGGUAGUGAUUGCUGAUAUGGGUUGCGGAGAGGCCCAACUUGCGCAGGACGUAAAGAAGUUCAUGCCAUCGCUAAAAAAGAAGAAAAUAAAGAUAGAUGUGCACUCGUUCGACCUGAAGAAAGCCAACAGUUUUGUGACGGUAGCUGACAUCAAGAAUGUUCCGCUUGCAGACGCAUCUUGCACGAUCGUGGUAUUUUGUUUAGCGCUGAUGGGUACGAAUUUCCUCGACUUCAUAGCAGAAGCAUACAGACUGCUUGCUCCAAGAGGGGAGCUGUGGAUUGCGGAAAUCAAAUCCCGUUUUAGCGACGAGAAGGGCACGGAAUUUAUAGAGGCACUCAAGAGUUUUGGGUUUUUCCACAAGUCUACCGACGACUCCAACAAAAUGUUUACUCGGUUUGAAUUCUUCAAGCCACCAGAGGAUAUCCUGGCUGAAAGGAGGGCCAAGGAGGACAAAAAGAGGAAGUUUGUUGAGAAAGAAAACAAAUUGGAAGCUCUUGAGACCAAGAGGCAAAAACGGCCUGAGGGAGAGUGGCUAUUAAAGCCUUGUAUUUAUAAAAGACGAUAAUCGAGGAUUC